GCCGCGCACCGAGCGGGAGAGGAUGCGCUGUCUGCUGCUCACCUGCCUUUAUAUAAAGCAGCCGCUUCACGUGGUUGGUGCAAAAUCUUCUGCUACAUUAGCGAGGUAUUUUUGAUCUGGUGGUGUUUUCUUUCUCCUUCUCUCUCUCAUUGGGCACGGGAGGGAUGAUGAUGAUGAUGAUGAUGAGAGGAAUGAUGCUGUGAGGGAGAGAGAGGUGAGCGCAGUUGGGAAAGCAGUUUUUUUCCUCCUUCUUUCGCUCCAAAGCUCCUCCUCUGUCGUCGGUCACAUUUUUUGCUCAAUGAGAGCAGGAGGGCAGCGGAGAUGAGGAUUUCCUAAUUUCAACCUGCUGCUGUGCUGAGUGAGCGGCUGUUUCCUCGCCUCUGUCAAAGCAGAGGCUACUAUGAAGACAUCAUUCGGCAAACCAGACCCUGGGAAACACCUGCGAUCUUCUCAACUCAUUUGAAACUAAAGGCAACACAAUGCGUUGUUUCCAGUAAAACCCGCUGCCCACUCUCCCCUCUUCCAACCAAGCCACUGAGAGUGAGGACACCACAAGCUUGCAAGAUGGCUUCAGACACACUAGAGCGGCGACCCAUAUUGGGUGCUGCCUGUAAGCGGCAGGGUCACCGGUGUCUGCGGAAGAAGCUGAGGCCCGUGCGAAUCUUGGGGUUAGUUGUCAGCAUGGUGGCCGUAAGUGCUGUCUCCUUCUGUGCCUUGACCAGAGGCUCGAGUAGCCUCGGUGAGCAAGUGCCCCCACAGGAGAGUCUCCACCAGUUGGUCCCCCAUAGGACUCUACUUUUCACCCAGGAGAAGAGGGACCCCAACGUCUCAGCCGACAUACCAAUAGCCAUGAAAUCAACAGCGAAUAGCAACGACAGCCAGGGGGAGUACCCACCAGACAUUUUCACCAUUGAGGAGCGGCGUCAAGGAGCAGUGGUCCUUCACAUGUUUGGCAUGAUAUACAUGUUCAUCGCAUUGGCCAUCGUGUGUGAUGAGUUUUUCGUCCCGGCGCUCACAGUCAUCACGGAGAAGCUGGCCAUUUCGGACGAUGUAGCUGGUGCCACCUUCAUGGCGGCAGGUGGCUCAGCUCCAGAACUCUUCACCUCCAUCAUUGGCGUCUUCAUCUCACACAGCAACGUGGGCAUCGGGACCAUCGUGGGCUCAGCUGUCUUCAACAUCCUCUUCGUCAUCGGCAUGUGCGCCAUCUUCUCCAAGGAGAUCCUCAACUUAACGUGGUGGCCACUCUUCCGCGACGUCUCCUUCUACAUCCUGGAUCUGAUCAUGCUCAUCAUCUUCUUUUUGGAUAACAUCAUCUCCAUGUGGGAAAGUAUCGUGCUGCUGUCAGCCUACGCUGCCUACGUGAUCUUCAUGAAGUGCAACAGCACACUAGAGGGCUUCGUCAAAAGUUGCAUGCACAAGAACCAAGUGGUAGAAGUAGCGGUGCAGCCCAAGGAUGAGAAGGCAAGUCCUGGGGCACCAGAGGAUGACGGCAAGCUGUCGGCAAGGCCUCGACUUCAGAGGGGGGGCAGCUCCGCCUCCCUGCACAACAGCUUGAUGAGAAACAGCAUUUUCCAGCUGAUGAUUCACACAUUAGACCCUUUAAGUGAAGAAUUUGCUGACUCCGAUGAUACUGUAAUCUGUUGUGAGAGAAGGGGACCUGGAGAGGUGGAGGUCUGCACUGGAGAGAAGAGGAAUGAAGAGCUUGGGACUUAUGGGAAACUAAAAUAUUAUCACUCAAUGACUGAGGAAGGUAAAUUUCGAGAGAAGGCCUCUAUCCUUCACAAGAUCGCUAAAAAGAAAUGCCAAGUGGAGGACAGUGAGAAGGCCAAUGGAGUAGCCAGUCGUUCAGAUAAAAAUCUUCCCAACAGCUCUAGUGUGGAAGUGGAGGUGACACCACCCAUGAAUGGAACAGCGGGGCAAGAGGGAGAGACGGCCGAGGAUGAGGAGGAAGAGGACCAGCCCCUGAGUCUUUCAUGGCCUGAAACUAACCGCAAGCGGCUCACCUACCUCCUCAUCAUCCCAAUAGUCCUCCCCCUGUGGCUAACGCUCCCUGAUGUCAGGAAAGCGUCUUCAAAGAAGUUCUUCCCCGUCACCUUCUUGGGUGCCAUCGGCUGGAUCGGAGGCUUCUCUUAUCUGAUGGUGUGGUGGGCUCACCAGGUUGGAGAGACCAUUGGGAUUACAGAAGAGAUUAUGGGCCUGACUAUAUUAGCAGCUGGAACCUCCAUCCCUGACCUCAUCACCAGUGUUAUUGUGGCACGCAAGGGGCUUGGUGACAUGGCUGUCUCCAGCUCCGUUGGCUCCAACAUCUUCGACAUUACUGUCGGACUGCCGUUCCCAUGGCUCCUCUGGUCCUUCUUCAACAACCUGCAACCAGUGAAAGUCAGCUCCAACGGCCUCUUCUGUGCCAUCGUGCUCCUCUUCCUCAUGCUCCUCUUUGUCAUCAUCUCCAUCGCCGCGUGCAAGUGGCGCAUGAGCAAGCUGCUCGGCUUCAUCAUGUUCAUGCUGUAUUUCGUCUUCCUGGUGGUCAGCGUCAUGCUGGAGGACAGGGUCAUUUCCUGUCCGGUGUCUGUCUGAGCACCACCGCCACCACCACCUCCAGUACAGCCAUUUUUAUUGUCACUCCCACUUGACCUUUGCGAUCGAAGAAGAGCUGGAUGAGAGAAUAUUCUAAAUAUGUGAGAGAAAGCAUUUAAUCGAUGGCUGUUUACAAUUGACAGGUGGUGACGGUGAGUGGACUUUUCUUGGCUGAUAUUAUUUUUUACUAUUAUUAUUAUUAUUAUUAUUAUUAUUUCAUUAGCAGGUGAGAGGGAUUGUGCGUGUGUCAGCCAAAUAUAGAAACAUUAUGCAUGCCAUUAGUUUCACUAGAUGAGGAGAAUAACCUCUUGUGAACUUUGGGGGUGAGAAAAAAAAAAACAUCCGCUGGAUUAAGCUCUUAAUAAUAAAUGCAGUGACUGAGCUGAAAUUGUGAGCGUAUUUGAACGUUUAACAGACCAAGAUGCCGUCGGCGAGCGUGAAGAGGAAUUUGUGGACUGUUACCGCGUGGCUGGAGAGCUUGUGUCCUGUUACUGUACGAAAAAUAUUCUUCUCCGGGCUUUGCACCUGAGCAAAAAGGGAGGAAAGACUCUUGAUAGACAGACGCAAUUCAUCAUGGUUUUUUUUUCAUGAAUUCAUCUGAGUUGUCGGGUUGGAACCUUUCCUUCCUCCCUGUCGCACAAUGUUUUUUGCCACCACUGAAUGUUUCUUCAGAGAUUCUCUUUUUUUUAAUUAAUUUUAUGAAGUUAAAAGUAGCAUUAGAUGUACUGUAGCAGUAUUAACUGGCGUAGAGUUCUGACAAUCUGCUCCUCUUUCUGAUUGUACAGCCAUUUUCAUGCUUCAGACACACACACACACACACACACUGACUGAGCAAGACAAGAAAAGAGGCCUGACUGCAGUUUAGCUUCUCAAAAUCCAUGCCAAACUUCAAUAUGUUUCACUGGUUUGGUUUUUAAAAGAAGCAUGAGUAAGUUUAAUGAUUAAGUCAGUCAAUAAAAGAAUAAUGUUAAAAUAAUACAUUUGAAGAACUUAACAGUGUUAAAGUGUCAUGGUUUCCUAAGAUUAGUAUCAAUGUGUAGUGGUUCACAGUAGAACUGGGCUCAUCUCAUCGGCUAGUCAAGCUCCCGGGUCGUAGUUUCGAGAAAUAAACUGCAUGUAAAAAAAAAAAAAGAAGAAAUAAAUACUAAUCAACAUUUGAGAAAUUGUUACCAAACUGUAUACUUUUUCAAACAUGUUUCAUAACUUCUUAAUGCAAUCCAGUGCUCGGUCUCUAUGUAGAAAAUGUCCAAAUGUAUGGUCAGUUAUAUCUAUCAGACUUGUGCGAUUUCUUUUCUAAUCAAAGGUGCUUUUUUGUGCAUGUGUGCAAACUCAUCUGAAGUCACCACACAAAAGAUAUUCCUUCAAUUUAUCUAUGACUAGAGGCGAUACUACCAGUAUGUUGCGACUAACAGCAAAAAUAUAUAUACUUAAGUAUAUACAGUAUAUAUAAACCAUAAUCACUAUCUCUCUUUAAGCCACAUAGAAUGUGGAGAUCACAUUUAACAGCAAUAUAUACCCUGCGUGUCACUGUCAAGAAUUGCACCCCAUCCUUUGUGUCUGUCCUCCUUCCCAUGUGACGAAGUCCACAAUCCCCCAAAAACAGGCGACCCUCGACCCCCUCCCACACAUGUAAACGCUGGCCAGAACCACCCACUUUACUUUAACACAACCAUUGUACAGCAGCUGAGUAGGAACACUAACUUGAACAGUAACUGUAACUGUAAAAUAGUAGUAAAUAGAGUGUGUGAGGAAAAAUGCAUGCGAGGAAUAUGGGCUGGUUACCCAGUGACUGUACAGCCGGGCUUAUCCAACCAUGUACAUUCACUUUUAUGCAUCCAUUCAGAGAUGAACACCAAGGACAAUGGUUUUAUUUUGUACAUAUAAUACUCUCUUUUUGCAAAAAACUAAACAAAAAAAACAACAACAAAUGGUUCAUAUAUGAAUUUUAAUUUCUUUGAGGGGUUUUUUCUUGCAGUAGUGGAUGGAAACAAAUAUGUAACAUGGUUUUACUGAGCAAAACGCAUUUAUUUUAUAGUCAGCUCCUCAUCAGGUUUGCAUACAUGAUCGCACGCCUGUUCAGUUUCUGCUAUGAAAGGAGGGCUUUAAAAACCACACUGCCUCCUCUUAUUCAUUAAAUGUAGGAUUUUGUGAUGCCUACAGGUUGCAAAAGCACAGCAAAAGAAAAACGAUGGUCACAAACACAUAUGGUGUGAUUCAUUUUGUGUAUUUCCUCCACCAACUCAGUUUAAGGCCUUAAGUGCCCACACUUUUCCUGAAUUUGAUGAUGUCACCUCAAAUUUCUGCUUGUUGUGCUCCCUCAAAAAACUUUUUGUCAAAAUUUGAGAAAAUUACAAAAAAAGUCUGAACAGUAAAUGUGAAGCUGUAACGUUAUCAAGUUAAAAUAUAAUUUGGUUGACUACUGCGCACACUCACUUUUCCGAAAACCCCUCUAUUUUUUCAUUUCUCUUAAGUGUCCGUGUUUUGUUUUUGUCAUCAAAUGAAUGGUGAGAAUAAAAAAGACAAAAAAAUAAUAAUUCACACACACGUAAAUAAAAUGCUAAAACUGGUUUAGCAGGUUAGCUCAGCAUCGAUUUUUGGAUUCCAGACAAAAUGACUGUGAAAGCUGACCACUUACAAACAUUCUCGCACUGUACAUGUUUUCAUUCUCUUGGUGUUAGUGUAAGAUUUAUUUAAGGUGUACAUAUAUACAGAUGCAAUUUAACCAUAUAAUCUAUCUGUGUAAAAGAGACACGUGUCCUUAUGUAAAAACACAAAGUAUAUAAUGAAACGAAUAAAGAUGAUAAUUGAAAUAUGCAA